GAAAUUAAUAAGUGCACACCACAUCUUGCUUAUUUCAACGCUAUAUCUCUCUCUCUCUCAUCAAUCACAUUCAACAGCAACAAACACUCAAUCAAAUCUCACAGAAAUUUCCGGAAGAUCAAAUCUCGCGAUAAUCGGAUAACAUGUCGUGGCAAGCGUACGUCGAUGACCACUUGAUGUGCGAGAUUGAAGGCAACCACCUCACUGCUGCCGCUAUUAUCGGUCAUGACGGCACCGUUUGGGCUCAAUCCGCUAAUUUCCCUCCGGUAAAGCCAGAGGAAAUAACCGCUAUCAUUAACGACUUCAAUGAGCCUGGCACACUGGCUCCAACUGGCUUACACCUUGGUGGGACCAAGUAUAUGGUGAUUCAAGGCGAGGCAGGAGCCGUUAUUCGAGGCAAAAAGGGAGCUGGAGGUGUUACGGUUAAGAAGACCGGAAUGGCUAUAAUUAUUGGCAUCUACGAUGAGCCUAUGGCUCCAGGCCAAUGUAACAUGAUCGUUGAAAGGCUUGGUGACUACCUCCUUGAUCAGGGUUUUUAAUUUGCUUGGUAAUUUGAUAUGGUGUGACAGUAUAUCAAGAUUGGUCAAUCUUUUGGUGGUGUUACCCUCAUGAUUUAGUGUGAUACUUGUUGUGUUUCUUGAAUUGUUUUGAUGGAUGUUUCAAAUGCUCUCAUCAUCAUCAUAAUAUCUUUGUGUACGUUUUUAACUUUUUGUUAGCUUACUACUUUUCUCUUUUUGUACCAUUUCAAGUCGGUCGGUCUUUGGUAUUGAAAUUGUUUAUUUAUUUAUU